GGUAGCGACGCCAUCUUGCUGUCAGUCUAUACGGAAGCCACUCCCGAGCUCAGACAUGGCGGCUCGGCUCCCGGCCCUGGUGGUAGACUGCGGAACAGGGUACACAAAACUUGGUUAUGCUGGAUAAUACCGAGCCUCAGUUCAUCAUCCCAUCAUGUAUUGCUAUCAAGGAGUCAGCCAAGGUUGGAGAUCAAGCUCAGAGACGCCUGGAUGAAGGGAGUGGAUGAUUUGGACUUCUUUAUUGGUGAUGAAGCGAUAGACAAACCAACAUAUGCUACCAAGUGGCCAAUUCGACAUGGGAUUGUAGAAGAUUGGGAUCUAAUGGAAAGAUUUAUGGAGCAGGUUAUCUUCAAGUACCUGAGAGCUGAGCCAGAAGAUCAUUACUUCCUGUUGGAACGUUUCAGCUAUGUCUGUCCUGACUUAGUGAAAGAAUUUAGCAAGUAUGACACAGAUGGCAGCAAGUGGAUUAAACAGUACACCGGGGUAAAUGCCAUCUCCAAGAAGGAGUUCAGCAUUGAUGUUGGCUAUGAGAGGUUUCUAGGCCCUGAAAUUUUCUUCCAUCCAGAGUUUGCCAACCCUGAUUUUACACAGCCUAUUUCAGAAGUUGUUGAUGAAGUUAUUCAGAAUUGCCCUAUUGAUGUUCGACGCCCUCUUUACAAGAAUAUCGUACUCUCUGGAGGUUCAACAAUGUUCCGUGAUUUUGGACGUCGGUUACAGAGAGAUUUGAAGAGAACUGUAGAUGCCAGGCUGAAACUUAGUGAGGAACUUAGUGGAGGCAGACUGAAGCCAAAACCCAUUGAUGUCCAAGUGAUCACACACCACAUGCAGAGAUAUGCAGUCUGGUUUGGAGGCUCUAUGCUCGCAUCUACUCCUGAAUUUUACCAAGUGUGCCACACAAAAAAGGACUAUGAAGAGAUUGGUCCAAGCAUCUGCCGUCACAAUCCUGUAUUUGGUGUCAUGUCCUAAACCAGUUUUGACGGUUGAUGACUCUGAUUCCCUGUAUGUUUGGUGGCUGGUGUCCGGAAUCAUUGUUACGGCCUCUUAUUUUUGCACAGCCUUUAGCAGUAUGGCUUGAAGCUCCGUGCUCAGACUCAUGUUGGGAAGUAUCUGGGCAAUGUGUUUCAGGCUUAUCUUGCUGUGGGAAAGAAUAUCAAUGUGCAGAUGUGAUAAUGAGACAAGUGAUUUGCAUAGUUUGACCUGUGUUUAAUAAAACAAAGCAAUGGGUUUUAGUUAUUUCUGUGCCUAUUUUGUAUUUUGCUUGACUCAGCAAGACUCAAUAUCUGCCUGUUUUAUAUGAAAUCUCCAUGAAAAAUAAUUAAGAUCUAAGACUGUGCUUUAAAUAUUUUAGCUAUAAGGACAUGUCACCUGAAGCACUUGAGAAGAGACCAGAGAUUAGCAUAUAUGGUACAUGGAAAGCAAGUUUUUCUGAAUGGCUUGCUGACUCUUGUAAAUUCUGACUUGGGACCAAUAGGUUUUGGUUUCUUGACAUGCAACUUAAACUUAGCUUUGGAAACUGAAGACCGUUUGUUCAGUUCUCCCUGCCUGCUUGUGCUUUUGUUUCUUGCUUACAAAGACUAUUGGACCAGAUUUGCUGUUGUAUGUUUUAUAUUUGAUUCAUAUAAAAGUUGGUUUGUGAAGCAUACAAUGAUUCAAAUAAAGGCCACAAUAUCUCUUUUUACAA